UUUAUUUUUAUAUGAUAAUUAUUUUAUAAAAUAAAUAAAUUUGGAUCAUUUAUUUUAUUACGAGGAGAGACCCAAAAUACUUCAAUACUCUCUCCUGUGAAGGAGAAUCACUCCAUAAACUACUGACCUAGACAGCUAGAACAACUCAGACCGCGGAAAACGAACGCGAUCGAUCAGAGAUUCAGACCCAACAUGUCUGCUUCUGAAUCUCAUGCUCAUGUAGCUCUCCUCCCCAGCGCCGGCAUGGGCCACCUCACCCCGUUUCUCCGACUUGCGGCUCUUCUUGCCUGCAACGACGUCAUGGUCACUCUCAUCAUCACUCGCCCCGCCGUGUCACUCGCCGAGUCACAGCUUCUCUCUCGUUUCCGAUCUUCUCUUCCUCAGGUCAAACUAGUUGACUUACACCUUCUGCCACUCGAUCCAACCACCGUCAACUCCUCCGAUCCUUUCUGGCUCCGGUUUGAGGCUAUUCGCCGAUCCUCUCACCUUCUCUCUCCUCUCAUUCUCUCCCUCGAGCCCCCUCUCUCUGCUUUCGUUCUCGAUAUGACGUUGAUCUCUCCUGUCAUUCCUGUCACUCAUGCUCUCUCACUUCCUUCCUUCAUCUUCUUCACUUCCUCUGUUAAAAUGCUCUCUUUCUUCUCAUAUUUACCUACCGCUUCGUUCUCAGAUCAUGAUGAUCUUUCCAUUCCUGGGAUUUCACCAAUCCCCAGAUCUUCCAUCCCUCCUCUGCUUCUCAUGCCCGAUAGUCUCUUCGCCAACAUAUUCUUCCAGGACAGCGCCAACCUCGCGAAACUAGAUGGUGUUCUGAUUAACUCCUUCAAAAAUCUAGAACCAGAGACAAUAGAGGCCAUUAAUGGCGGAGAAAUACUCAGAAAAUUGAUUCCUCCUGUUUUCGAUAUCGGUCCAUUCAUGCCGUGCGAGUUUGAAAAUGUGGAUAAUGGGAAUUCAGUGGCUACUCCAUUGAAGUGGCUCGACGAACAACCUCAAGAUUCGGUGGUUUACGUAAGCUUCGGCAGCAGAACGGCCAUGAAAAGGGAUCAGGUCCGAGAAAUAGGAGACGGGUUGCUGAAGAGCGGGUGCAGAUUUCUGUGGAUAGUGAAGGACAAAUCAGUGGACAGAGAUGAAGAAGAGGAAGUAGAAGAAAUAGUAGGACGCGAACUCAUAGGAAAGUUGAAGAAGAACGGUCUGGUGGUGAAGACGUGGGUGGACCAGAGACAGAUUCUGGGUCAUCGAUCUGUGGGAGGAUUUGUGAGCCACUGUGGAUGGAACUCAGUGACCGAAGCAGCUUGGUACGGAGUGAGAAUUCUGGCAUGGCCUCAGCAUGGAGAUCAGAGGAUAAACGCAGACGUGGUGGAGAAGAGUGGGUUGGGGGUGUGGGAGGAGAAGUGGGGUUGGGGUCAAGAAGUUAAGGGAGAGGAAAUUGGGAAGAGAAUCAAAGACAUGAUGAACGAUGAAUCUCUGAAGAAAUCCGCAGAACAACUCAGAGACGCAGCGAGGGAGGCCGUCGGUGAUGGAGGGACAAGCCACGUUGCGCUUCAGAGAUUGAUCGGAGAAUGGAAGAAGAAGAAGAUGAAUACUUCUGCAACGGCUUGAGAGCUAAGAGGGUCAAAUUAGCGCUUUUUUUCAAUAAUAAAAUAAAUAGUAAUAUCGUCGGAUUGAAUUGGAUUAGUAGGAAAUGGGAACAAUUGGAUUAUUUCCGUCUGUAUUCACGUUCUAUUUCCAAAAUAAAAUUAGUGGGAUUAGAAAGCUUUUGCAAGUUUAUGACAAUUUGGGAGAAAUUCUUAGAUACAAGGUGUGAUAGGUAAUUUGUGGUUUGUAUAAGUAGAAUGUUUUAAAUCGCUUAAAUAAAAUUACAUGUGAUAUUAUUUUAAUUAA